AUGGGGGGUGCUGGCCCCCAUGUCCACGACUGGGGUUCAGAGAGGAUCGAGCCCUGUGGCAUCAGGUCAGUCCAAUGCGCUACUCGUCCUCCGCCUGAGAGGGCUGAUCAACUGAAGUGGGGAGCAAGGGAAUGGAGGAGUCUGCCUUCCUGAGAAAUACUCACCUCUCGUUGUUGUCCCCCUUCCAAAAGCUGCAGCACAAGACAAAGCCCCCAGGUGACUUGUGAGGCUCGUAUUCCUGCAACAGAGACCACCCCAGCUGCAGGAGGUAAGUGUGGAGGGAGUUUGGGUGUUGUUAUAAGUAGGAGACCCUACAGUGGGGGUUGCAAUUGGCAAUUGAUUUUAAUGGGGUCCUUUUCAGCCCAGUAAGUGCAGAAUGGUCAGCAAUAUUGACUCUCUAAGACCCCAUCUGCAUUGUAUAUUUAAAGCAACAUUAUAGCACUUUAAACAGUAAUGGCUUCCUCCAAAGUAACCUGGAAACUGCACUUUCUUAAGGGUGCUGAUUGUUGCUAGGAGACCAUUAUUCCCCUCACAGAGAUACAAUUAUCAGAGUGGGUUAACAGUCAAUCCCUCCUUUGCAGGAAACUCUGGAAUUUGUUGCUCUUUGAGGGGAAUAGGAAUCUCCUAAAAUUUCUCAACACUCUUAGCAAACUACAACUCGCAGGGUUCUUUGUGGGAAGCCAUGAUUGUUUGAAGUAAUAUGAUGCCAGACCCUCCAAGUCUCUAUUUUCCAGGGACAUCCCUGAUUUAGAGAAGCUGUCCCAGUUUCCGAUUUGAUCCCAGAAUAUCCCACUUUUCCUUAGGAUGUCCCUAUUUUCAUUGGAGAAAUGUUGGAGGUUAUGGAGUUUUCCAGCCCCCGAACCAUCUGAAGGCCAUCCUGUAUAGGGAAGGAUUUUUUAAAUGUUUGAUGUUUUAUUAUGUUUUUAUAUAUGUUGGAAGCUGCCCAGAGUAUCUGGGGCAACCCAGUCAGAUGUGUGGGGUAUAAAUAGUAAAAAUUUCAUAAUGGAAUGGGAUGUCCCUAUUUUCAUCGGAGAAAUGUUGGAGGGUAUGUGAUACUGCUUUGAAUGUGAUAGUGCAGAUGGGGCCUAAUUCCCACUCAAACCAAGAUGGAGGCAAAGGACUCUAUUCCCUCCACCUUGCAGGCUUUGGUAGAGCUCUUCCUUUCGAACCCGGGUCUGCAAAGUAGGACCUGUGUGUGAGAAACAAAAUGCUGUCUUGGAACUUGGUCCUCCUAAUUUAUUUUAAAUCAAGGAGUGAGCUUUGUUUUGUUUUUGAUUCUUUUGGGGUUUUUUGGGGGGGGGUUAUCACUUGUUUUCCCCCUCUGCGUGUUUUAUUUGUUUUGAGGGGGGGUUGCGGGUUUUUUUGGGGGGGAGGAGUCUAAGCACUGCCAGUUUUUCUUCUGUGAAAUGGGUAUGUCUGAGGUGCCCACAACUAUUUCUCGGAUUUCGGGUCCCUGCUUGAGGGCCUUCUCUUUACCAUUUCCUUGUAUCUUGGCUUGCAUGUGAUGAUGAGGAGCUGAGGUGAUUUAAGGAAGAGCACUGCCAAAGCCACUUCUGCUGCCCAAGCUGAAAGGAAGGACUUAGAAUCCCUCACCUGCCUCUCAGCUUGGGAGAACAUCAGGGCCUACGCUGGGAACCAGAAGUAAAGUGGAUUUCAGGGGGUGGAGAUUUGUUCCCUGUGUUUCCUGUUGCCGAUCCCUGAGUUAGAGUUUGUGUGAAUGCCACCAUCAAGUCAUGCUAGCAGGAGAACCUACUCUCCUCCAGUUGAAGCAGGCUUGUAAAUAACAGGUUGCCUGUGGCGAACAAGAAUUCCCUGAAGCCUUUAGAAAAGACUGUGCACACACUUUUAAAGCACAUCCAUGGCAGGUUCUUUUUCUCCAAUAAUUCUGGGCCCUCUAGUUUAACCUCACAGGAGUUACAGUUCCCAGCAACCCUUAACAAGCUAUUCCCAGAAUUCUUUGAGGGAAAGAAUGUGCUUCAAACGUCCACCAACCCUUUGGACAUCAGAUAUGACAGGCAGGCUAGGGAGACAUUUUGUGGACUUGUGCACAAGGCUGUGCCAUGGCUGAACUUUGCAGUAUGUUCCAGAACGUAGCGCCACCGUUCCUGCCCAGCUUCACCAAACGAAGCACUGUAGGGCUUUCUUAAGAACAUGUGCCCAUUGCACAUGCCACAACGUGAGCUAUGGCGGUUUCUCCUGCCUUUGCAAAGUUUGUACACCCCAAAUGUAAUGGCCAGAAUGGCAGCCUCUCUCCUGAAACACAGGCAAAAAGAGAGAGAGGCCUGAAACAUUGAAAGUUUCGUCUUGUGGGAUAAAACCCAUGCUUUUUGACUUAAAAAAUAUUUUUCUGGCAGUAGAGUCAAGACCAGGCAUAGGCGAACUCGGCUCUCCAGAUGUUUUGAGACUACAAUUCCCAUCAUCUCUGAUCACUGGUCCUGUUAGCUAGGGAUGAUGGGAGUUGUAGUCCCAAAACAUCUGGAGGGCCGAGUUUGCCUAUGCCUGGUCAAGACGGUCUGUUUUAAUGAAAGAGAACAGUCUGGGAACCAUUCUGUAGAAGCAUAGGUGCCAACUCCCUGGGGCCCCAAAGUGCCCAAGCACCCACAAAAUUCCCCAUGAAGGGACUGGGCACCCCCAAAUAUCAGUCCCAAGGCCAUGCACACUGCAUGGCACCCACAGCCUUGGGCACCCAUGGUGGCAGGGCCAAGCUGGCACUCCUGUGUAGAAGAAUCAUAUCUGUUUAUUACAACACAGCACAACUACCGUAUUUUUCGCUCUAUAAGACGCACCAGACCACAAGUUUUUGGAGGAGGAAAACAAGAAAAAAAAUAUUCUGAAUCUCAGAAGCCAGAACAGCAAGAGGGAUCGCUGCGCAGUGAAAGCAGCAAUCCCUCUUGCUGUUCUGGCUUCUGUGAUAGCUGUGCAGCCUGCAUUCGCUCCAUAAGACGCACACACAUUUCCCCUUACUUUUUAGGAGGGAAAAAGUGAGUCUUAUAGAGCAAAAAAUAUGGUACAUUCCACAUUAUUUAGGAUUACCUGGAACAGUUCCUUCGCAGCCACAAAUACGGCAAUGUGUUGCAAUCCCAAACCAGUGCCCUCAAGCCUACCCCCAGGGGAAAAUCACAACACCUCAUCUUCAUCUGUGGUCACGUCUGAUAUUCCUGAGGAAGGAUUAAAAAUGUCCAAGGUCUUUGUGGCAAGGGGAGAACUUCUCUGAACCCAAAGGGCCCCAAUUAAAUAUCGGAAUAGGAAAUCAUGAUAUACCUGUUACCAAUGUAUCCAAUUCUGUUUUGCAGUCAAUGGGUAUCUUGGCUCCUGCAACUGCUCCAAGCAGACGAUUCCAGAAUAUUAGUCCUUCUAAAUGUAUGAAUGGCUAGUUUAUAACGAGUUUAUGGCCUUGCAUUCCAUAGCAAUGCCUCAUCUUGCCUAGAGCUGAAAUGGGUAUUUGAAAUUCACUGAAAUUUCCAAUUUCACCAUUUUUACAUGUGCAUUUGGAAUGUGACAUUGUGCCUCUGAAUUAGAACUGUUUAGAUUUGCUGGCAUCUCUUGGUGCUUUUGGCAGGCAUUUCUUUGUUUAUUUACACACAUAUACUUCGUUAAAACCAGCUCCACUAGAUUAUUAAAGCCGCUCAUGACAUACAUCCAUAAUAUACUAUAAAGAAAAAUGAAACCACAUAAGCCGUCAGCUGUCAAAUACUAAACACCACAGCAUGCCAUCUAUCAAAUGUUAUUAAAUACUAAAUACCAUUACAUGUCACUUACCAAAUACAAUCAGAUACUAAAUACUAUUGCUUGCCAACCAUCAAAUACUAAAUCCCAUUGCUUAUUAGCUGUUAAAUAUUAUUGACUACUAAAAAAAAUAAAAAAUGUUGCAUGCCAGUUAUUAAAUGAAGUACUAAAUACCAUUACAUGUCACCUAGUUCCAAAUAAUACCAAGCAGCGUCAAAUAUCAUAGGACGUCAAAUGCAGAUAUCAAAUAUCGGGUGACUUGUUUGGCAAAUGAAUAUUUGACUAGAUUUCUGCAGAAUCUGGAAGAGAUUUUGUAUGGCGGAAAUUUUUUUUAAGCCCUAAUCUUGGCUCUGAAAGGUACUGUCUUGCUGCCUGUCUUUUAUUUUCCUUCCACCUUUUCAGUGAAUGUCGUAGUAGUGGUGGACGGGAACUGCAUCCUGCAAUAUACCCAUCGCCAGUCACCUUGCUCCUGCCUUUCUGAUGGGGAGCCUCUCCUGUCCCGACGCCCUCCGCCAACGUACGGGGCUGUGCCCCCCAGCCCCACUGUCCCCAGGGGUCCAGCUUGCGGCCAAGAAGCUGGCCCGCCCCCAUCCCGCAGGACCCGUGGACUCAGCGUCCGCUGUUGCACCAAAGCCUGCCUGGGCGACGAAGAGGAACAUGCCGAACGGCACCUCCACCGGGGGCCACCCUGCAGCCGCCUCACCCCAGUGCCCUUGCCCUGCAGCCCCUCUGGCCCGUGGUUUGGAGUGGGGUCUCUCAGUGGGGGCAGGCCGGGGGCUCGGGUCGUGAAGAUCUGGGACCGACAGCGAUGCCCCUUGCUGGAGGAAGGGGAUGUCAUUGCAAAGGUGAACGGGGCUGACGUGCGGGACCUGAGCCCGGGAGAAGUGGAGAGUGUCUUGCAGGAACAUACGCGGACAGGAGAUGUGAUCCUUCUGGUGGAAAGGAAAGGUGAGCCAUGACAGGAGGCAGGGCCACCACAAGGUUUUUCCACAGCCCUGGGCAGGUUCAAGUUUCCCACCAUCCUCCCUCAUCUUAUCAACCUGCUGGGCAUCUUGCUUCGCAACAUUAGAGCAUGAAUGGCCAAGGGUUCGCCAGGAUUAUCUUGGUUUGCCAAUUCCUAUAGCAAUGCCGUGCUUGUAACCCAUUGGAAAUCGAUAAAAAAAUCAGACUGUCUCGCCAGAGUGGUGCAUGCUCUAGUUAUCUCUCGCUUGGACUACUGCAAUGCGCUCUCUGUGGGGCUACCUUUGAAGGUGACCCGGAAACUACAACUAAUCCAGAAUGCGGCAGCUAGACUGGUGACUGGGAGCGGCCGCCAAGACCACAUAACACCGGUCUUGAAAGACCUAAACUGGCUCCCAGUACGUUUCCGAGCACAAUUCAAAGUGUUGGUGCUGACCUUUAAAGCCCUAAACAGCCUCGGUCCAGUAUACCUGAAGGAGCGUCUCCACCUCCAUUGUUCUGCCCGGACACUGAGGUCCAGUGCUGAGGGUCUUCUGGCAGUUCCCUCGCUGCGAGAAGCCAUUACAGGGAACCAGACAGAGGGCCUUCUCGGCAGUGGCACCCACCCUGUGGAACGUCCUCCCACCAGAUGUCAAAGGGAAAAAUAACUACCAAACUUUUAGAAGACAUCUGAAGGCAGCCCUGUUUAGGGAAGCUUUUAAAGUUUAAUAGGUUAUUGUAUUUUAGUGUUUUGUUGGAAGCUGCCCAGAGUGGCUGGGAAACCCAGCCAGAUGGGUGGGGUAUAAAUUUAUUAUUAUUAUUAUUAUUAUUAUUAUUAUCAUUAUUAAAAACAACUCGCAGGACAACGGAAAGGGAUUAGAAGCAAGGCACUCAUCUAUGAAUGUCUGCCCUGCCCUCUCCUGCUGGUUGAGGUGCUCAGGCAUGUCCUCAAAAGUGCAGCAGACGUCCCCGUCCCCGUCCCCCCUGGUGUCUUUGUGCCCCUCCGCCAGGAAGAGAGGCCGUGGCUCCAAAAGUUUUGCCUCGCUGAGACAGGCACUGCUCCUUCAGCAAAAGAGGCGGGUUCUGAGUUUGCCUUUAUGGCUAACUUGGCUGCGGCAGCCAGGGAGCAGCAUUUCGGGUCAUUGGAUGCUCUGUGACAGCAGGAUAGAAUUCAAAGCCCCUGUCGCAGAAGAGGCAGUAGAUAGUUCUCAAAUAAAUGGUUAAAAUAAACAAAUAGUUGUAUUAAUUAAAAAAAAAAGAAAUCACGGAAAUGUCUGAGAUAAUGGUGCUAAUGAUAAUAAUAAGCUGGUGUUGUCAAGUGACUUCAGUGGUAGCCGUGAGACCAGGGUGUCUCAGUUCAAACUGGACCUGUAGUCACGAAACCAUGGGAUGGGGCAGAGCAGAUACACACUUUAUAUGGCACUGAUUCCCCAAGUGUCCCUAUUUUCCAGGGAAGUCCUUGAUUUAGAGAAGUUGUCCCGGUUUCUAAAUUGAUCCCAGAAUGACCCACUUUUCCUUAAAAAGGUAAAGGUAAAGGACCCCUGACAGUUAAGUCCAGUCGCGAAUGGCUCUGGGAUUGCGGUGUUCCUCUCGCUUUCAGGCCGAGGGAGCCGGCGUUUGUCCGCAGACAGCUUCCGGGUCAUCUGGCCAGCCGCUUCUGGCGAAACCAGAGCAGCGCACAGAAGCGCCUUUUACCUUCCCGCCGGAAUGGUACCUAUUUAUCUACUUGCACUUUUUGGAGUGCUUUUGAACUGCUAGGUUGGCAGGAGCUGGGACUGAGCAGCAGGAGCUCACCCCGUCGUGGGGAUUCGAACCGCCAACCUUCUGAUCGGCAAGCCCUAGGCUCAGUGGUUUAGACCACAGCACCACCCGAGUCCCUUUUCCUUAGAACGUCCCUAUUUUCACUGGAGAAAUCUUGCAGGGUAUGGAGCUAUCCGACUCCUGAACCAUCUGAAGGCAAUCCUGUAUAGGGAAGUUUUCUUAAUGUUUAAUGCUCUAUGGUGUUUUUAUAUAUGUUGGAAGCCGCCCAGAAUGGCUGGAGCAACCCAGUAAGAUGUGUGGGGUAUAAAUAGUAAAAUUAUCAUUAUGGAAUGGGACAUCCCUAUUUUAAUUGGAUAAAUGUUUGAGGGUGUGAGUGCCACAGUAUUAUCUCCUCUCUCCCCUCCCCCAGUAGCAAAUUCAUGGCAGAUGUUGAUAGCAGAUGCACUGGGUUGAAAGACCUGUUACUCAGGACUCUCAACCAGGUAUACAGUUGUUUAAGUGUGAAACACCAUGGCUGACCCAAAACAUGUUGCUUCCCAAAGCAUAGCAGCAAAUGGCGCCCUUCCCACUGCACCCCCCACCCCUCCAAGUCAAAGUGUAUAAUACCCAAGGCAAGCGAAGUUAAAGAUAAAAAUGCAAUGAUAAUACAUUAGGAGAUAAUGAGUGGAGAUGGUUUCAUUUGCAAGCUGACGGAACGAUUGCAGUGACGGAACGAUCAGAAGAACGCAAUGUUAAAUUCUCUCGAAAUAUACUUCCUGAGACAUUCACCUCGCUCCAUCAAAUGGUUGAGCUUGCCCUACAAACAACCGAAUGAUCUUUAACAAAAAAAAGAACCCCAAACCUUUAUACACGGAGUGAAGGGGGGAAUCAGAAUGCUUUCUUACAAUAAAGAGGGAUCGCAUAUACAAACAUUCCAGUCAUAAAUCCUUCUUAGGCCAAAUCCUGUGUACCCUCUUUUUCAACACAAGCCAUAAGCCCAUCAGGAUGGGGCAGGGCAGGUGGUUAGGUAUGUGGUAUUAUUAUUAUUAUUAUUAUUAUUAUUAUUAUUAUAGAAGUGCUGAUUUCAUGAAUUUUUUAUUUUAUUUUACAGAUUUGCUAUGUUUACUUUUUUGUUUUGAUAUCAUAUUUGGCCAUUGAUGAAGACCUUUGUGCCAAAAUGCGCUUGGUUUAUGUUGCAAUUUAAUGUCCAGGAUUUGGUCUGUUAAGGAUUUGUUAUUGGAGUGUUUAAGUAGGCACAUCUAUUAUGAUUCACGUUUGCCGUAUUUAUAGCAGGAAGCCGCCAUGUAAAUCCUGCACUUGCAGUCUGUGGUUUAGAAAGUAUGAGGCCCUUAGCCUCAAACACCAUCUUAGCAUAGGAAUAACAAUAUAGUACUAGCUUGUUGUAAUACUCGCAGAGAUGUUCUCUGUGUAAGUGCUAUAAAAAUGCUUUAUUUGUGUAUACAUGCAGCAGAGUUCAGAUCCAAUAUUUGAUUGUAAGCCAUCUUAAUUUGAUUGUGAGUGUUGACCUCACAGGUUUGUGGGAAAGGUGGGGCAUAGAUGUGGGAAAUAAAUAAACAGCUUGCCUGUGGCACUUGCACCAUCUCAUUCCAUGCACUAAUCGCAAUCACAACCAAUAGUGAUUUCUGAAGGAGGGUCACAUUUUCCCAGGUAUAAAGUAGUGCCCUUGGGUAAAUGCUCAGGAAAUGAGACAGCCCCAAAGUAGCACCUUGAAAGAAAGAUGUGCAGCAAGACCAAUGAGAAUUUGCUGGGCAAAAAAACAAAAAACCAUCAUCAUCAUCUGAUUAUACAGAAAGCAGUGCGAAAUCUUUUUUUCUUAACUGAAGUUCAACAAAUCUAAAAAUGCUGACUUCAACAUCUGAUUCCCCCCCCCCAUCAACAUUUGAAUUUCAAACUCAAUUUUUUACAUCAACAUUUGCAAUUUAACUGUUUUGCUUAGCGUGUAUGUGUUUUUUUUAACCUAUUGAAGGGUGGGAUUUUUUCCAUGAUUGGGUAAAUAAAUGAAUUAUUUUAGUACAAAAUGUAUUAAAUGCCACUGCACACCAACUGUUAGAUACUGUCAGAUAUUGAUUGGUACAUGUAAGAUACUGUCAAAGCGCUCUCUCUUCCUGCAUGUCAGCUGCCAAAUACUGACGGAUACUGUAAGUCUGACAGCUACUGAAAAGAUCACUGGAUGAUGAACGCUAAUGUGGAAUAUCAAAUAUUCAGUGAACGUGCACACAUGCAGAGGGCUGUGAUCUGAACAGGCACGAAGUCAUAAACUUUGCUGAGGCAGGCCUGGGUCUGGUCAGUGUUAGAUGGAUUUAGAUGAGUAGGAGAGGAUAUUCUAUUUAAUAACUACCCUUCCUUUUUUCAUUUUUGUGAGCAUGCAAAUAUCUAUUUUAGCAGAGUUAAAAUCACCAUCCGUGCACAGCUUAUCUCUAGAAGCUAUUAGGACAAGGUUGCAUAACCUUCUAGAACAAUUAUGAUAUCCAAGGAAGCUCUAGGCAGGCUUGGAUUAUCUUUUUCCUGUUUUAUGUUUCCCUGUUAAGAAAGAAAUCACUCUCAGACCAUUUAGUAAACAAGAAAAAUGCAAGGUUUACUCACAUCAAAAGUCUUGUCAGGAUUCAACACGUGCAGUCAGGGAGGCAACAGUCCUUAAACAUCCUAGAGUCCCUUGUUUGUGACUGUUUAGCCACCAUGCAAUCUGUGAUUUGCCUGCAGAUCCACAGCCAGUACCUGGAUGGCAGGCCACCUGGGAUCCAUAUAGAUCCCACCUUAAUUGAAGAAACGUAGGCUAUAAAUGUAAUAAAGGAACUAUUGCCUGUCAAAAUUCACACAGGAUAAUUUUAGAGGUGCAAAUUCAUUUCAGCUGCAACAGAAAGACGCUACCUCUUACAAAAUGAAUGUCAUGCUUAGUUGCAUUGUUGAAAGCCACGACCUGUUUUUUCCUAGCAAUUUGCCAAAUGGACAGAGCAGUUACACACACAAAGCACCUGUAACUGAAACAAAUGUGAAUUAUCAGAAAUAGGAUGUGAUUCUGAUAGCUAGAAGUGGAUAUACAGUUGUACCUCUUGUUACGUCAGCCUCCGGUUGCAUUUUUUCAGGUUACGAAUGCGUGCGCGCAUGCGCAGAAGCACUCUGCAUGUCUCACCUCAUGCGUGCACAUAAGCGCUCUACUGCGCCACAUGCAUGUGCAGAAGCGAUGCUCUAGUUGCAGACUUUUCGGGGUGCAAAGAGCACCCCGGAACAGAUCGAGUCUGUAACUAGAGGUACCACUGUACAGACUUGAGGUGAGGGCUUGCUAAGCACUUCAAACCCCAGAGAGAUCACUGUGGUAUGUGACGGGGUCUGGUGUCAAUUCAGACCUACUCAACCCUACCUUCUUGUCCCUGCAGGUCAUCAUUCCCGGAGACAUCCCCAGGAAAACUGCUCUUUCAGACGAGAACACCUCUUGCCUGAUUCUUGCCACAACAAAGGAGUUUCCCGAGAUACUCCUAACACUUGGGGAGCUCCCCCGGCUGACACUUUGGCUGUGACCAGUUUUGUGGGCCCCGAGCCCCGGGAUGUACUUGUGUGUCCUGCUCGUUGUUCCCAGAGGCUGAGGAGGCCCCGGCCAGCGGGAGGGGCUGGGGAGCCCACAGGAGGUGUGGAUGGCCCCAAAGAAGACCAUGGAUGCAACAGCGGCGUCGCCAUAGCAACAGAUGGAAGUGGAGCUGUGAGAGCAGGUGAGGCUGUGGGAAAAGGCACACCCCCUUGCAGCAGGGAAGAGCAGUGGUGGCGGGUGCCCAUUGGGUGGAAGGGGAGGAGCCCAAACAGGAGGUGGAGCCAGAGCCAAUGACAGGCAGAGCCAACUCAUUCUGACUUUGGCCCCAUCCUCUUCCCCACUGAGUUCCACAAAGGCAACACUGAGACGAAAGACUCAGAUAUACAGCUGCAAAUAAAACGCUUUAAGUGUGUCUGAAGCGCAAUAUACAAUGUGACACUAGACGGCGAUGGUGAGCCUUAUAGAAAAUUCAAUGUAUUUUUAAAAACACUUUUAGAAAAAAAGCAUUUUCAGAAUGGUUUUUAUAUGUGUGUAAAAAAGUUAAAGGGCCCCCUGACCAUUAGGUCCAGUCGUGGCCGACUCUGGGGUUGCGGCGCUCAUCUCAUUUUAUUGGCUGAGGGAGCCAGCGUACAGCUUCUGGAUCAUGUGGCCAGCAUGACUAAGCCACUUCUGGCGAACCAGAGCAGGGCACGGAAAUGCCGUUUACCUUCCCGCCAGAGCGGUACCUAUUUAUCUACUUGCACUUUUGAUGUGCUUUUGAACUGCUAGGUUGGCAGGAGCAGGGACUGAGCAACGGGAGCUCACCCCGUCGCAGGGAUUCGAACCGCUGACCUUCUGAUUGGCAAGUCCUAGGCUCAGUGGUUUAACCCACAGUGCCACCCGUGUCCCACUAUAUGUGUGUAGAUUCCACCUAAAAAGGAGUAUGCAGACUGGCAGAGCCACUCUCUGGGGUGACUGUAAGAAAGAAGGCAGGCAGGUGGGGGCUUGCUGAGGGCAGACACAUGUUGGUGGGGCCCCAUUCACCAUAAUGGACCUAUCUCUUCUGAGGAAUAGUUUGUGCCUACCACUGCCGCCGCCCCCCCAUUCCAAAUUUUGCAUUCAGUCUGCUUCAAAUGGGUUCUGCAUAUCUGAGUGGCAUGUCUUAAUGGGCUAUUCAUUGAAAUAAUUGCUUUAAUACAGAAUCAGAAAAAUGGCUCGUUUGCUCGUUUAUCUUUAUUUUUUAACCCCACUGUGUUCUACAAAUCCCUCAUGGUGGUUCACUAAAUGCCGAGAGCAAAGGCGAAUCUAGGGCAGUGUGACCGGUUUGGGUGCACCGGGUGCAGAGCUUCUGAGCUGGGGCACCACAGCUAUGACAUCCAGCGGAAGGCAAGAGGCAGUGGGGCACCGGAUGUUGGUGUCAGGCCGAUUGAAAUUUGAGACGCCGAGGUCCGCUGCUGCCAAGAGACAUGGGAGAACACAAGAUCGCAAAAUUCCAUGUCAAAUUCAGCUGCUUAAAGGCAGCAUGCUAAAGAAAAUUAAAUAACCUAAAAGCAGCACAACCACGUCGCCUCAAAUUGAAAUCAGCCAUCCUCACUCUCUCUUGCUUCGAAAGCCAGCUGAAAUAAAAAGCUGCCCCCCUCUGAAUCAGACUGAAAGUUAAAACACAGCAAGUCUUUGGGAGGGAGUGCCAUUCAGAGCCGUCUGUGCUGCAAAGGGCCUUCUCCUCGUUGCCAUCAGUCUAGUUGGGUAGAAAGGGGGGUUAAAACAGGGUCCCAUCUAGAAGAUAUUGUACAGUGAUCGAUGGUAAAAGGCUGAACAGAAAACAGUGAAUGAAGGGACGUGGGUGGUGCUGUGGUCUAAACUACUGAGCCUAGGGCUUGCCAAUCGGAAGGUCGGCGGUUCGAAUCCCUGUGAUGGGGUGAGCUCCUGUCGCUUGGUCCCAGCUCCUGCCAACCUAUCAGUUCGAAAGCACGUCAAAGUGCAAGUAGAUAAAUAGGUACCGCUCCAGCGGGAAGGUAAACGGCGUUUCCAUGCGCUGCUCUGGUUUCACCAGAAGUGGCUUAGUCAUGCUUGCCACAUGACCCGGAAAAACUGUCUGCGGACAAACGCCAGGUCCCUCAGCCAAUAAAGCGGGAUGAGCGCCGCAACCCCAGAGUCGUUGUGACUAGACUUGACUGUCAGAGGUCCUUUAUGCACUGAAUAGAAUCCCUAUUCAGUGGAAACUUCCAAGCUCCCCUUUGAUUUGUGGGUCAGCAGACACAGCCUGUGCCUUUCCAAAUUUCCCUGCUAUUCAGUUUCAGAAAGCUGUACAGCUACAGUGUCAGAUGCUAUGGAUUCUGUGGACUGUUUCAUACACCCUUUCUUUAGAUCUUCCUGAGCAUUUAAGGAUCAUGCCCCUCAUCGAAACUACAUCAUACAUUACAUUGGAAGCCUAGCAGGGCUAUGGAGGGAUUUAGGCUUUUAAUGAUGCCCAUAAAAAGGAAAGGGUCAGAGUUCAGUGGUAGAGAAUUGGCUUUACCUGCAGAAGCUGCCAGGGUCAAUCCUGGCCGUCUCCAGGUCUGAAACCCUGGAGCUGCGGCCAAUCAGUGUAGACAAUACUGACACAGUAUGAGGCAGCGGCUUCCUGCACUCCUAUAAAGGAGCUGCUUAUGUGAACAUAUGGAUAAGGUCUGAAAACUAAAAUUUAUUGGAUAAUUUAUUCAAAAUAGGACAAUGCAGAGUGUCACCCACAAAGCAGAAUAUGAAGCUUCUGCUGAACAAAAGUGUGGCAAGGGAUCUCUCACUUGCCAACGUUGACACCAAUAUAUAACUACAACUUGUUAAUGUCUGCGUCCACGUGGGUGUGGGACGCGGGUGGCACUGUGGGUUAAACCACAGAGCCUAUCAGAAGGUCGGUGGUUCGAAUCCCCGCGACGGGGUGAGCUCCCAUUGCUCAGUCCCUGCUCCUGCCAACCUAGCAGUUCGAAAGCACACCAGUGCAAGUAGAUAAAUAGGUACCGCUCCAGUGGGAAGGUAAACAGGGUUUCCGUGUGCUGCUCUGGUUCACCAGAAGCGGCUUAGUCAUGCUGGCCACAUGACCCAGAAAAUCUGUCUGCUGGCCACAUGAUCCAGAAAAACUGUCUGCGGACAAACGUCGGCUCCCUCAGCCAGUAAAGCAAGAUGACCGCCGCAACCCCAGAGUCGGCCAAGACUGGACCUAAUGGUCAGGGGUCCCUUUACCUUUUACCAUGGGGGCGUAACUCCUGGUUUGCCAUCCCCGUUGGGCAUAUAUAUGUUACAGAUUUUAAAACUGGUGCCAUUUUCCAGCGUGUUUGGAUGCACCUGACAAAUGAGCCUGUUUGUCUUUAAGGUGCCACAAAACCCUUUGAUGGACUGAUUUUGACAUCCAUCCUUUUCCCCACGGAACUUGGAGAACUCCAGCUCUUGGGUGCUGGGAUCAGAUAGCUAAGGAUUGUCAGGCACCUUCCUCACAACUCCCAGAAACUGAUAUAAAAGCUUAUGCAACAGUAUAGACAUACAUUUUUGUCUCCUGUCUGCAUAGAAUAAAGGCAGGGUUCUCUCCUCCACAGUUCUUGAUGGGGAAAUGGCAGCUUCUGCUGCUUUUGAAGAAGCACCUGUCUCUCACACUGCCUUGCGCUUGGGGAAACUGGAGCAGGAACUGUUGUAAGUGGCGUAACCAGGAACUCUCAUUGUACGCCCAGGGAACAAAAUGUCCCUCGUGGCUCUGAACAGGUUAAGCUUCAGCCACUCCGCCCGCCCCCACCCCCAAAAGCCCUUGGCUUAUCAGGCAAAGCCUUGUGCGGAGAAAUUCCUGUGAAGGGGGCAGAGGAGAGGGGUGGGGAAGGGUUGCUGGAAAAGCAGGCGCAGCCUUGGGGUGGGAGGGCGGCUGUGGAUUUUAACCCACUCCCCACUCUGCCCCUGGACCUGGCCGCUUCCCUCCUGCAUCUACCCUGAAAAUGUUUGAGCAAGUCCAAACCUUCCUGCGCCAUAUCCAGGACCUCAAGCGUAAAUACCUAACUCCUGCCGCCGCUUUCUGCUUUGUAGUCGAAGGACGGGAGGGAAGUGUUACCUUGUAGAAAGUGUGGCGGGGGUGCGCAGCGGGGAGGAAUACUUAAAAGUGAUUUAGUCCGUCUUGCCAAAGGGGGGGAAAGGGGGCUCUCUACUUAUACGGGUAAGAUCGGGGUGUUUAUUGUGCGGGAGAGGAAGGAAUUGGGCAGGUUGGAUAUUGUUCAAAUUGCAAAUGUGUGUGUAUGGGUGAUGUUUAUCUGUAACGAACCGGAGUCACGACUUCAGCCUUGCGAAAGCCCUUUGGUCUUUCUAGUUCAGGCAAGUCAACUAAUUUUUGGGGGGUGAAGCUGAAGAGCCAGUGAGGGUGUUAUGUGAACCCACCUAAGAAUGGAGGAUAUGCUAGAGGCCAGGUGAGGCUGAAAGCUUUUCCGAGGAGGGAGUUGUGGGCAGGGUGCCCAUAGCAUUUCUGACUUCUAUCAUUAAAGCUACAUUGUUCAGCAGAACAUGGCUUUGAUGUGAACUUGGGUCUCGUCCACUUUCUGUUGGCAAAGUUCAUCAGCAUCACCUGUUGUGUGGAUGAGAAAGCAGCCGGAACCAUCCUGAAGAAUCCCUUUAGUGUUUAAAGGUUGUAUGGAGUUUGUACUGAAGACAAGAGAGAGAGAGAGACUGUGUCUUAGGUUGUGUGUGUGUGUACAUGCAUAUACUUACGUGAAUUAAGGACACGAAACCAAUGGAUUUGAGUUACAAGAAAGGAGAUAGCUCAGGUAUAUCUUUCUGAUAGUAAGAGCUGUUUGACAGUGGAAUUGUCUCCCUUGGGAAGUGAUGGACUCUCUUUCCUUGGUUUUUAAGCAGAGGUUGAAUGGCUUUAGCUGAGAUUUCUGUAUUGCAGGGGUUGGUCUAGAUGACUGCCAGGGUCCCUUCCAACUCUGCAACUCUUCAGUUCUAUGAUUCCAUAACAUAAGUGUGUCUGCUUGUGAGAGAGCCCUAGCACUGAGUUAAAUUUUCAGGUUCUGGCAAGUAAACAUUGACUGGAACAACACCCAGGGCAGGGUAUGUGGAAAGGGGAAGCACAUUUUUGGAACAUGCUUGUUUUUGUUUCAAAGGCAGCUCUUGUUCUCAGUAUUUUGGGGAGAGAAGAACUACAGGUAUGUUCACCUUUCCAUACUCCACAUCCUGUGUGCUCCCACUGCCUGUUUUUGAAGCCCCACACUCAUGAUGUGAGUCACAGUCCAUACCAAUCCUGUAGUUCAUGGGUAGGCAAACUAAAGCCUGGGGGCCGGAUCCGGCCCAAUCGGCUUCUAAAUCCGGCCCGCGAACGUUCCAGAUAUCAGCAUGUUUUUAGAUGAGUAGAAUGUGUGCUUUUAUUUAAAAUGCACCUCUGGGUUAUUUGUGGGGCAUAGGAAUUUGUUCUCCCCCCCCCUUCAAAAUACAGUCCGGCCACCCACAAGGUCAAGUUUGCUGACCUCUGCUGUAGUUCCUUGGAAAACACAGCUUUUUAAGCCACAUUCAUUUUGUACUUAAGAAUGGCACAUACAUUUUAGUCUACUCUGAGUAGGCAAUUUAAGAAAACAAAUAAUAUUUUUUGUUCCUGGAAUACAUUUUAACUUUUAUCUCCCUAUAAACUAGAUAGUGUUCCAGCUAUCCUGAUUUUGUUCACUUUCCCCCAGUCUGCUCUCCUAGGAACUGGACAAGACUGGAGGAAUAGCCUUGUCACUCACCUGCUUUCUACCCCUUUCCCUGCCACCGUUGUGGCUGUCAUCCCCAGGAGGACGGGGAGGGGUGUUGACCCUUCAAGGACAUGCAUGCGUAACCUUGCUGGUGCACACAGUAUUGCACAGAUUUUUUUAAAAGAAAAAAAAUAAGUGUUCAGGCAUCAGUGAAGCUGCCAAGUCCCUCUCCUGUUCCUGCCAGUUUCGAUGGAGAACAGAGAGUCCGAUUGCAUCUGGGUCAAGUCACAAGGCAGUGGAGAUCAGCAUCUAGAGCAGGCAGAUUGGGGAGAAUCUUCUUCCACAUAAGCUCAAGGGGAUGCAAAGAUAUUUAAAGUGAGAAAAGCAUGAUUUGUGAGCUUUGGCGAUGCAAGGGAAGAUUCCCAAGUGAUAAGUGAGGUGAUUCAAAACGCAUGUAUGAUUAGCAGCUUUGGGUGAGAAAAUUUCCUGGCAGACCGAGACCAAUGUUAUUGGGUGGACGCAGUGCAGUGCUAGACUAUGGAACUCACUGCCACAACAGGCAGCAAUGGCCAACUGGAAUGUCUUUAAAAUAGGCAGGUUCUUGAAGGAGAAGGAUAUUGAAGGCUACUAGCCAUGGGAGCUGUGUUCUGCCUCCCCUGCCAGAGUCAUGAUGCCUCUUUAUACCAUUUACUGGGGGCUGUCCCAUCAGAUAAGUUAUCUUGCUUCUAAUGAAUUUCUUUUUCUUUUGUUAAAUCAUUUUUAUUAAUUUUCCAAUAAAAAACAUCCAAUUAACAUAUCAAAUCAUAAUCCAAUAAAAAUAAAAAACUAAAGUAAAAAAAGGUCAAAUUAUCUUCCAAAUUAUAAUUAUUAAUUUUGGGGGGCUUCCCAUAGUCUGGACCUUGAAGCGUAUCUCCAAAUCUCAGUCCUGCUUCUCCUCGUUGUUUCCAUAUUUUCCACAUCUCGAUUUUAACGCUUUAAACUUCUCUGUCUCUGGCGCUUCUAAUGAAUUUCUUAAGUAAAUUCCCUCUCGAACUCCCAGUCUGGCACUCAACUCAUGUGACUUCAUGGGCAGAAGAUCCUGGUAUGGGGGCCAUAAUCCAUGGGGCAGCUGGGUCAUAGCUGCACUCAUCUUCAGCUGGUGGUUUAGUGCUUGCUGCUGCUUUGCAGGCCUGUAUAAGGGAGUCAUUGGCGCACUCUGCAAUUGCCUAACCUUGACUCCCAUAGGUUCAGGUUGGGGGGUCACAAGUGUUAUAAGAAUUUUAAGGUCUUAGAUAUACCGUAUUUUUUGCUCUAUAAGACUCACUUUUUCCCUCCUAAAAAGUAAGGGGAAAUGUGUGUGCGUCUUAUGGAGCGAAUGCAGGCUGCGCAGCUAUCCCAGAAGCCAGAACAGCAAGAGGGAUUGCUGCUUUCACUGCACAGUGAUCCCUCUUGCUGUUCUGGCUUCUAAGAUUCAGAUUUUUUUUCUUCUUGUUUUCCUCCUCCAAAAACUAGGUGCGUCUUGUGGUCUGGUGCGUCUUAUAGAGCGAAAAAUACGGUAUAUUAAAUGUUCAUAAAUGUACCAAGCAAACACGUAUAUAAAUAUAUAAACCACAUGUCUGAAGCAGCACAGGAAGACAGUCCUGAAACCAUUUUAACUCCCAAACUGACCAAAUGUUUCUCUGCAAGGAGGGGAGGAAAUGGAAAAAAAAACCUUCCCAUUGUCUCAGGAAUGAAGUAAUUACCAUCUUAGAGGAAUGGCUAGACUAUCAGGAAAGGCAAUCAGAUAAGGCAUUAUUAUCACAUAACCUGGCAGACAGGAAAAACAACAACAUUCAAAUUUCUGUUGUAGACCGUCUUUUCUGUGAUGUAGGUAUGAUGUUUGUGGGGGGUGGUCUUGGGCUACACCCCUUCUGUGAUGUAUGUAUGAUGUAUGGAGGGGUGGUCUGGAGCUCGAUGGCAGGGAAUUUCAAAAUGCAUAUAUAAGGCCUUGCGCACCAUUGUUCAAGGUCCUCCUUUCCUGCAUGUGGGGGAGCACCCUGUUGCAACAGUCAAUAAAGAUUAGGCUUACUAGUUGCUUUGAUUCUCAAUAUUCUCUGGUUGGUCUCUGUUAUUUUCUCCUAACGAUAGAGAACCUACAAAAGGACUCUAUAUGGGCUCUUGGGUACCCCAUAAGGGAAAAGGAGCAAUUUUUUUACUUAUAUCACAAGCAAGAGACUUCAGUCAGGAGAUGGAAGCAAAACAGCGGCCUGUAGGCAUGAUCUUUAUUGCUGCAACAAGGCUUCCCAUUACCAUAGAGAUGAAGCAGCCAGAAGCCCCGAGCAAUGGUUACAUCCAUAUUUUAAAGUUUCCCAAAGUUUCCCAUAAUACCCCUCAGGAUGCAUCAUCAAGACAUCAUAGAUAUGUGGCAGAAAAGGUAUUGCAGGUAGAACCUGAGAUCCAGGUAUGCCCCUGUCACUCAAAUAUAGUCUUUCACACAUACCUGAGUUAAGCCAAAUACACCCCUUUGUGUUGUCUGGUCUGGGGUGGGUAGGCAUUGUGAUUGAGAAGGUUGUGAUUGAGAUGGUCUGACACUCAUCAUGGCAGGAUAUCAUCUGCCAUGACUCCUUGGGAAGGCCCUGCUGAUGUGGGGGUUAUGGUGGGCUCACUAACCUCCCCUUAGACAUCACUUCCCUGGGUCCUAAGUGCCAUUGGAACUGAGAAGAACGAUACAAUGAUGUGAUUUCUUAUGAAUUUCUAAAGUAUUCCCACUGAGCCAGUACAUUUAUCAGUGAAUUGCUACAUUUGGUAAUAGGCAGCAGAGGCUCUUUGCCUUUGCCUCAUGCUGGGGAGAGGCAAGGUUCAUGGGAGGAGGUUUCUCACCCCCCCUUCCAAUUUCCCAGUAACAGCCACACCAGCAGUGCUGUGGCUGAAGAAUGAGUCCCCAAAUGGACCUUGGGGCUAAUCGUGUCUCCUAGGUCUGAAAAAAUCAAGUAAGGUAAAGGUAAAGGGACCCCUGGCCAUUAGGUCCAGUUGUGGCCGACUCUGGGGUUGCGGCGCUCAUCUCACUUUAUUGGCCGAGGGAGCCGGCGUACAGCUUCCGGGUCAUGUGGCCAGCAUGACUAAGCCGCUUCUGGCGAACCAGAGCAGCACACGGAAACGCCGUUUACCUUCCCACCGGAGCGGUACCUAUUCAUCUACUUGCACUUUGAUGUGCUUUUGAACUGCUAGGUUGGCAGGAGCAGGGACCGAGCAACGGGAGCUCACUCCAUCAUGGGGAUUCGAACUGCUGACCUUCUGAUCAGCAAGUCCUAGGCUCUGUGGUUUAACCUACAGCUCCAAAGAGUGGGAGGCUAUGCUUUGAUCCAUCUGCUCUCUCUCCUCCCAGCCAGCUCCCUAUUGCCCCAUCCAGAAGAGGGUCCCUCUCAUCAGGAAGAUGGUGGGCUCUUAGCGCGGCUAUCCCACGGCGAUGUCGGGGGCAUCUUCCGACAGGCGGGGAGCCGGGUGCGAAUGAGGGUCCGGAAUCGCAAGGACGCAGGUAAGCAAUUGCAGCGGGCGUUUGGGGGAGGGGAUGGUGAGGGGCAUAAAGUGAGGAGCAAGGGAGCCUGGGAAAGGCGAGCAAGGGUAGAAAAUGGGGGUUGGUGGGAGCAUUGCAGAAGGAGGCCUGAGGGAGGAGGGAGGGCAGGUGCUGAGGGAUUGAAGGAAGGAAGGAAGGAAGGAAGGAAGGAAGGAAGGAAGGAAGGAAGGGGCAGUGGAGACUCAUGCUGACUCUUUUGAUUCACUUCCAGGAGUUUCCAGCGAUUUGAACACAGCUGAUAUUGAUGUAGGCGAAUGUCCCCGGAGCCCCACCUACCGCCUAUCCCAGCCCCAGGUAUUGAAAACCCUGGGAAUGGGUAACUGGGGACCCUGGAUGGAGAAGGGGCCUUCUGGGUGCUAGGUUUGAAAGGUGGUCAGAAGUGGGGGAGGAUGGAGCUAGAGCGAAGGGUGAGUCAGGGCUGGCUGGCAGGUCUAUACCCCAGGCAAGGACUGGCCCUGCAACCCUUUUCCGAUUCCACCCUUGGCGCUCGGCACUUACUUCCCUGCUGGCCUGUGUGUGCCACUCAGUUUCUCGUGUCUGCAGUGACCUGUGGGCUCCAUUGUCUUUGCCCGCUCCACUGCUGCUGCCUGUGAGAGAUCCAGGAUUGGUGGAGCUGGACAGACUUCACUUUGUAUAGGGGAAAGGCAGACCUAUAAGGUGGCUGUUGUGCGGAGAAACGGUGUCGCUCAGUCAAGGAGCACGUACCUCCUGGCAGUAGUUAUAAUAACCACAAAUUAAUAUAAUAAAGAUGGGGCAGGUCAGACAAACAGAAGUACUUAUUUAUGCUACGACACAAUGUAGGAAUAGCCACCUUGGAGGGCUUUAAAAGGAGGUGAAAAUAAUAAUAGUAAUAAUAAUAAUAAUAAUAAUAAUAAUAAUAAUAAUGUAUUAUUUAUACCCCGCCCAUCUGGCUGGGUUUCCCCAGCCACUCUGUGUGGCUUCCAACAAAACACUAAAAUACAAUAACAUAUUAAACAUUAAAGGAAACCCUGACCAUUAGGUCCAGUCGUGACCGACUCUGGGGUUGUGCGCUCAUCUCGCUCUAUAGGCCGAGGGAGCCGGCGUUUGUCCGCAGACAGCUUCUGGGUCAUGUGACCAGCAUUACUAAGCCGCUUCUGGUGAAUCAGAGCAGCACACGGAAACGCCGUUUACCUUCCCGCUGGAGCGGUACCUAUUUAUCUACUUGCACAUGACGUGCUUUCGAACUGCUAGGUUGGCAGUCGAACUGCUAGGUUAAACAUUAAAAGCUUCCCUAAACAGGGCUGCCUUCAGAUGUGAAUGGCUACAGGUUGUCCCGAUGGCUUUGUUCUACCUCCAGGAUCAUGGGCAGGGAAGAGAUGAGCUAGAAGAACUAGUACGUCGAGAGAUGAAGUGAUCUGAUUGGGUGUUGUGUCAGUCUAAACCAUAGUCAGCUAAUCUCUUUCAUGAAUUGGACACGGUUCCUUGUCCUGGGUCAUAUUUUACAAGGGAUGCCUGCCCCUCACUUCCUUCUAUCUGGGUUGUGAAAGAGAAAGCUUCUCUUGUGAUACCUCUGCAUCCUAAUCUGUGGAAGAAAGGAGCAAAUGGCUUCGUUUUAACAUAAUGACUCAAGAACCACUAAAUUCUAGUUUGGGUUAGGUUGCUGGGUGUCACUCAGGUUCAGUUCUGAGCUAAGUGGGAACGCCACCACAAGGUAUGGCGAUGCCUUGGCAUUGGCCCCUCACACAUAACUGCACUGAUGACUUGCAGGUGUGAAUGUACCAUUGCAAACCUAUUGCCACAGGCAGGCACCUUCCAUCACCUCCUGCAUUCAGGUGUGAGCAGGCCCUUUAGAUAGUUUUGAAAAAGGACUGGGGAAAUUUGCAACUAUUCACACCUGUUGCUCAUGCUAACCAAGGCGAAGCAGCCAUGAUCUAGGGUAGUAUUCCUCUCUGGGUAUCAGAUGAGGGGAGGCUACAAGAAGGGGGUGACCACCACCCUCAAACCUUCCUUGUGAGCAUAGGCGCCAACUCUAUAGGGCUGAGGACACCUCAGCUCCCCCCCAAAGUAUGUGGGGAUGGAGUUGAGCUCCCCUAAUAUUGAGGGGCUGGGCUGUGAUGGCAGAAAGCCCUGUUGGAUCUCCCCACGGUAGUGGAAGGCCCAAAGAGGCCUUCCAACACACAAUAAGCCUGACAAUAAGUCAGCCGUAACUUGGCGCAUACACUUGUGAGCUCUCAAAAGCACCCAUGGCUGCCGGAGUUGGAGACAGGUUGCUUCACUACAGGGAUGUGGAAACUGUGUCCCUGCAGGUGUUGCUUGGCUGCAGCUCCCACCAUCCCUGACUAUUUGCUGUGCUGGCUGGGGCUGAUGGACUGGAAAGCCACAGCUUCCCUGCCCUUGCUGUACCCCAUAGUCUGAUACAAUAACUCGGGGCAAUCCUUACACCUGCCUUUGUGGUUUCUUGCUCUCUGCUCUUCAGGAGACUGGCCAAUAUUCUGUGGAGCUGCUACGAGGACCCAGCGGCUUUGGCUUCAGUUUGAGAGGCGGAAGUGAAUAUAACAUGGACAUCUAUGUCUUGGCCCUCAUGGAGGGUGGACCAGCCCAGCAAUGUGGCAAGAUUCAGGUAUGUGAUGCGGUCUGGGAACACCCAGUGCUGCGGGCAAGUGCGAACCUGGCUGGUUCCAUGAACGGGAAACCACUAGGAGAGCCUCACCCGGGAACACGACAGAAACGUGGCUCUGCUCUAAAAAUGUGAUCUGUGAGUCAGGAAGUGCCCAGUUCAAAUUUUACCAUCACCCACGAACUUGCUAAGUACCCUUAAGCAAGACACUAAUCCUCAACACAAUCCCCCCCCCAUGGAUAAUUAUAUUGGCCUACCAGACACGCUUUAAAAAGAAUACGCAAGAAUAAUGCAUGCAGAGCAUUCUGAGCACUCAAAAAGUGUUACUUUAAUGCUGCAAAAUGAGAUUAUCAGGUUCCCCUGAAAGGGCAGCAAUAUGUGUGUGUUCUGUGUGGAGCUGUGCAUAUUCUAUAUUCAGUAUAUUCUACAUUCAGCCUUACAAUUAUUAUUAUUAUUAUUAUUAUUAUUAUUAUUAUUAUUAUUCCCCGCCCAUCUGGCUGGGUUUCCCCAGUCACUCUGGGCGGCUUACAGCACAUAGAAGAUAGUAAAACAUUAGACAUUAAAAAUUUCCCGCUACAGGGCUGCCUUCAGAUGUCUUCUAAAAGUCAGAUAGUUGUUUAUUUCCUUGACAUCUGAUGGGAAGGCGUUCCACAGGGCGGGCGCCACUACCGAGAAGGCCCAUUAUUGUCCUGCCUAUCCAAUGUGUGGAAACACAUUGUGAAAUCUCCAGAACAAAGCAAAACCCCAGCCAGCUCUUGGCAGUGAUGGUGAGUUUUACACCGUGGCAGGUGAGCGACCAGCUGGUAGAGAUCAACGGAGAGCCUACAGCAGGAAUGACGCAUGCUCAAGCUGUGGAGCACAUCCGCAACGGGGGGAGCCGGAUACGCCUGGUGCUGAAGAGGGGCAACGGGUUCGUUCCUGAUUAUGGUAUGUCCACAGACCUGGUCUUUUCUGCCCAUCCCUCUCUUCCUCCAAAGUAGAGAUAGGCUCAAGCCAACCCCAUGAUUAAUGCAACAUGUGAGAAAUGAUCGCAGGGGAGAUGGGAUGGCCCAGGUGGAAAUUUCAGGUGGGAAUAGUCUGGCACGCUCCCCGCCCCACCAGCAAAUUUUCCCCUAACCCUUAAGGGAGAGGAGGAAAACCACGAUUAGUUUCUCUGUUUCAAGAGAGGUGCCGUAACCCAGAAUGAUAGGCCUUGUAAUGGACUUCUCCCAGUUUCUUUAAAAAUAUGCUUAUAUGCUGUUUUUCUGAGCAAAAUCUGUCCAAAGGGGCUUACAACAAUAAAAAGUAUACAUACUAACACUAAGGACAAAACAGAUUUUCAAAACUCCCCGCCUUUUCUCUGCAGAGAGGCAGGUUCUGGGUCUGCAAUAUUCACCCCUCUCUCCUCUUCUUUUUUCUUUCCUGCCCUGCCGUCCUUCGUCCGUCUGACCCACCAUACACCACCUCGACCCACUCAUGGUGUUGUCUGACCCCCCCUCCCCCCCCACUUCUCUGCCUAAUCUGUGCCAACCUCACCUUAACCUUUUCUGGUCUGCUUUGCCUUCCUGGUCUGUGAUGGCUCCAUCCCCUACUCCCGGUCUGUGCUGGCCUUGUAACUUCCCUAUCACUUCCUCUCCGCCCCCAAAGUCUCCAUCUGUCUCCGCCCCACAGGGCAGCCGCUGGCCAGUCUGGCUCUCUGCGUGACCAACUCCCCCCGGGGGGAGCCCUGCUUCUGCCUCGUGGGACGGGUCGAACAUAAAUGGUGGGUGUCCAGCCCCCAGCCGGACCAGCAGAACCACUCAGCCCAGUCCCUUUCUCUCCCAUAGUCUCCCAGGGAAUCAUCCUCAAACAACAAGAGCAAUGAGAACUUUGCAACAGGUGGAGCCACCUCUCCUUCUUCCCCUCACUUCCCACCACCACAUUAGGACCCUUCCCUGGUCUCCCUGCCCCUGUUUCCCCAGCAUCACCCCAACAGACCUUCCCCCCCGAAGCCAAAGCUGUGUGUAUUCUGCAGUUCUGCACAAGUACAGAAAAGGAGCAGAAUUUUGGUAUGAGCUGCAUAAUGCAGCCGCUUCAGACUCCCGGGCUGAAGACAGACGUGCCCUUUUCAUAGCAAGGGGGCACCUGUGCGUUCUGUCCAAACAUACUUCCAUUUUGCAGGGCUGAUUGCUAAAAUAGCAGAAGCCAGCCGCGAGAAGUAGUGCUUGGUUGGUGGUUGUAAUGUCACAGAGCCAAUUCCCCGCUUGCAAUCACUUGUUAAAUUGCAAGUCUUGGCUGAGUGACACAUUAUAAUUUCUCUUUUAAUAGCAAAUUCCUUACCCUUGGGGUUUUGAAGACCGUCUUUAAAGCAUGCGGAUAGUGCUUGCUAAAAAAAAACUUAAAAGGCAGAUACUUCUGUGCCUUGCGGAGGCCAUUGGCUAGUAGAAACAGAAUAAAUUAUGCAAUCUAAAUAUUCACGCUUGCAUAAUUCAGCUUUCACAGUGCAGAAUUGUGAUUUUUUCCGUAUGCCCUGGCCAUAGCUACCAUUGCCUCUGGUUGCCUCCCCCAUUUUCCAUUUCUCACUGAUUUGUCUGGGAUUCCUCCUCCACAUAUUAGCACGUUGUGAAACGUUCUAGACCUGUCUAUGUAAUACUGGAUUCCUCCCCAAACCUCUUUCCAACUUGCUGUACCCACCUAGCUCCUCCCCCACGCCUAGAAGCCUCCCUCCAGCCCAGCUAGGACAUACACAAACGGUCCAAGUGCCAUGUUGCCAAGCUGGCCUGUGGUGGCACCCCCAAGGCAAAAGGGAAGUUUGGGUAGGAUCCUGCCUCUAGAAGCCCAGAGGGCAGGAAAGCAGCCUGGGAGGUGUGAGGACGCUUCCCAGGGUUCCUUGGAGGGAAGCCACAACAGCUGAACCACUUUAAACUGGUGGGGCAGAGAGGCCUUCUCAGUGGAAAACAUUGCAGAGGGAAGUUCUCAUACUCCUAGAGCCUAGAUCCAAUCUGGAGACCUCAAAGGGCAGUAGAAGAAACCCAAGGGAGCUCUCAGGGAGAUCCCAGAAAACAGCAGAUCUCUCCCCCCACCCCCCAGUAAAGCAGCCUUCCCCAAUCUUGAGUCCCCAUAAAUUGUUUGUGGCACUGUGGGUUAAACCACAGAGCCCAGGACUUGCCCAUUGGUAGGUCGGCGGCUUGAAUCCCUGUGACGGGGUGAGCUCCCGUUGCUCGGUCCCAGUUCCUGCCACCCUAGCAGUUCGAAAGCACGUCAAAGUGCAAGUAGAUAAAUAGGUACUGCUCCGGCGGGAAGGUAAACGACGUUUCCGUGCUCUGCUCUGGUUCGCCAGAAGCGGCUUAGUCAUGCUGGCCACAUGACCCACAAGCUGUACGCCGGCUCCCUCGGCCAGUAAAGCGAGAUGAGCGCCGCAACCCCAGAGUCGGCCACAACUGGACCUAAUGGUGAGGGGGCCCUUUACCUUUUAACAACCCCCAUCAUCCCCAGCCAGCAUGGCCCCAUGGUCAAGGAUGAUGGGAGAUGUAGUCCAACAAUACCUGGGGACCAAAGAUCAAGGAAGGCUGCCCUAAGGUUUCAGAGAUGAGGGGUCGUAUCAGAGUAUCCUGAGGGAUGUGGAUUCCUGGGCAGAAUUGGACGCUGGAGCUCCACAGCGUAGUUCCAAGGCAGGCUUCCUCAAAGGCGGCCCUCCAGAUGUUUUGAGACUACAAUUCCCAUCAUCCCUGACCACUGGUCCUGCUAGCUAGGGAUUGUGGGAGUUGUAGGCCAAAAACAUAUGGAGGGCUGCGGCUGAGGAAGCCUGCUUCAAGGAGUAUUUUUUAAAAUAUAGCUGGUGAUUAUUUUAGGUAAUGGAGAGGCAGCCGCAUUCCACAUUCUGUCCUGUCUCCACCCCACCAGUAUCUGCCCGCCCUGGUGCUACCUGCCUGGCCUUGCCCAGAAUGCCAGCAUUUUGAAAUCAAAUCUUGGCAACUUUACCCCCAAGGCAGGGUGUAGCUUGGGAUGAGAGGUUCUUCUUUUGUCUCCUUUUUCAAAACAAAACCGAAGACCCACCCACUCCAUGCAGCCCACCUUGCCUUAUACCAGGCAUAGGCAAACUCAGCCCUGCAGAUGUUUUGGGACUACAACUCCCAUCGUCCCUGACCAUUGGUCCUGUUAGCUGAGGAUCAUGGGAGUUGUAGUCCCAAAACAUCUGGAGGGCCAAAGUUUGCCUAUGCCUGCUGAGGAAGGAUGUCUUCAGGGUCUAAUCUCUCCUGUUCUGUGUUUUUCUCCCUCCAGACCGAGAGUACAGUCAGAGCCCUGCCAGGUUGCAGCAGGCGCCGGAGACCGAGGACAAAGGCAGGCACCGGCACCGGAGAGCAAACCCGCCUGGGGGCCCCCAAUAUCUGGGUCAGCCCCCCUGUGACGGGGGCAGCCGGGAGGCAUCGCCCAGCAACAAGCAGCGGCUCCAGCUCCAGCUCCCCAAAGCCCGCCAGCCUAGCUGGCCGCACCGCAGCUCCACCAAGGCUCCAGGGGAGGAAGACGAAGAUGGAGAAGGGGGCUGGAGGCUGCGGGAGCAAGGGAAGGGCGUGGAGGGAGGAGGGGACAGCUGCAAGCUCCUCUCCCCCAGGCCGAGCAGGAAGCUGCGCUCAGACCUGGUCCCUGGUCCCUGGCUGGUGCCCAGCAAGGAGCGCCUAUCCCGGGCUCUGUGGGGCGUCUGCAUGGGCCAGGGGGAGGAGGAAGAGCAAAAGGGUGACUCGGGAAGAGGGAAGAGCAUGGAGGUGAAGAGGCGCAGCUAA